UUGUCGACAUGUGGAUUUCAUAAAUGGCAAGCGAUAAGACGAAAUAUUUGGGAGGAGAGUUGUCUGUAAAGAGACUGGCAAAUAUAGUCGGGGUGGAGGGAAAACAAAAUGACGUCAUUGUGUGUCCAUCCGAAGUCACGAGACAGGAGAAACAACAUGUGAUAUUUUUUGGAGGGGAUAUACAAACUUACCCAGAGAACAUGGAAUCCAGCCUCAACAAAGAUUAUAUUGAAUACAACCUAGACAAUACUGCGCGCAUCCUCGCGCGCCGUUUCCCCGAUAGUCUUAUCUUUGUCAUCAAACCUUCCAAAAUGAUUUUUUACUCCUUCAGUGUGUACAAAAAUUUCUUAAACUUUUCUGAUGACGGUAUUCCAUUUAUUGGCCACGUGCCAGGAAAUGAACACAGUGUGGACGGUUUGACGCAUCUUGUGCGUCUCUACAAUAACGCAUAUCGUCAAAUGACGCCCGACAAUUCCAAAGCACGUGAUGGCAAUGGUCCGACAAUUACGUUAGCGGGAUUCAGUAAAGGUUGUGUAGUUUUAAAUCAAAUGAUGUUCGAAAUGUUUUCUUCCUCGGAAAUUAGCGAUAUUGAUAUUCAGGACUUUUUACGCAGACUAAACUCUGUUUAUUGGUUAGAUAGUGGUCACGUGGGUGAUAGAAAUGCAUGGUUGACUGAUGACACAGUUCUAUCCGGAAUGGUACAAAAAGGCCUUCAGAUAUACGCUCAUGUGACCCCAUAUCAAGUGCGCGAUUCUCUCAGGAAAUGGAUCGGAAAAGAAGAAAAAAAGUUUAUCGAAAAAUUGAAAAAUUUAAACGGAAAUGUUACGGAGGGCAGACAUUUCUUUGAUGAACCUGGAAGCAUUGAAAGGCAUUUUGAAUUAUUAAAAGUGUUUUGAAUUUAAA